CAUCGCCUGCGCAUGCGCAGACAGCCGCCUCGCGCCUCUUCCCUGCGUGGAAAACCGAAGCGGAUCCAUGUGACCCGCCUCUCGGGAUCAUCAUCCGCGACACACACCCAGCUCUGCCUCGCCGGAGCUCACGGAGACCCGCUUCAGGUCCGGAUCUGAUGCCAGGCUCGGGAUGCGGAGGCUGCAGUGAUCAGGGAAGAGGAGUCUCCCGCUUCCCAGCAGUCCUCGCGCCUCGGGAUCACCUUUAGCUGAGCGAGCGCACACAAAGGUACACACGAGCAGUACAUGAUCUUCUGGACCAGACUGCCCCCUGACCCCUCACUUCAGUGACCUCCAGCAUCUCCACAGCUGACACUCCAACCUCUCGGUCCUGCCCCUUAGCAACCGUUACCAUGGCAGCAGCCAAGCCCAAAGGGCAGAACUCUCUGGCCCUCCACAAGGUGAUCAUGGUUGGGAGCGGCGGAGUGGGAAAGUCCGCUUUAACUUUGCAGUUCAUAUACGAUAAUUUUGUGGAGGACUACGAGCCCACGAAAGCUGACAGCUACAGGAAGAAGGUGGUCCUGGACGGCGAGGAGGUGCAGAUAGAUAUCCUGGACACAGCCGGUCAGGAGGACUACGCGGCCAUCCGGGAUAACUACUUCCGCAGCGGCGAGGGCUUCCUCUGCGUCUUCUCCAUCACAGAACUAGAGUCUUUUGCAGCGACGGCUGAUUUCAGAGAGCAGAUUCUGCGGGUGAAGGAAGACGAGAACGUCCCCUUCCUGCUGGUGGGGAACAAGUCUGAUCUGGAGGACAGGAGACAGGUGAGCGCCGACGAGGCCAAAGCCAGAGCGGAUCAGUGGGGCGUGUGCUACGUGGAGACGUCUGCUAAAACACGCGCCAACGUAGACAAGGUUUUCUUUGACCUCAUGAGGGAAAUUCGUGCUAGGAAGAUGGAGGACAGCAAGGAAAAGAACGGAAAGAAGAAGAGUAAAAGCCUGGCCAAACGGAUCCGUGAAAGAUGUUGUAUUUUAUAGUGUCUGCGAUCAGUUACUCUCCUCCUGUGCGUUCUGAUCCUCAUCUGCGGUGUUUGCUGGUGUCUGUGUGUCAGAGUAGAUGAAGUCUGGUAGAGUUGAGGUCAUAGAUUCAUGCAGUAGAGGGUCAGUCAGUGAUGUUCUCUAUCGGUCUGUGUGGACUUGUAUAAGAAAACUUGCUUUUAUUUUAUUUUAUUCAUGUCAGAUUAGUUUGAUGUGUUCUCAGGCCCCUUCUUUUAUAAUCUACACAUUUCUACAUCAGUCUCGGGUGAUCCGAUCUCAGAUAGACAACACUAAACGGCUGAAAGAAGUUGCCAGAAAGGCUUUGUGAUUCAAUCACUUUGGGAUCAGUAAGAUUUUUUAAAAUAUUUUUGAAAGACGUUUCUUCUGCUCACCAAGGCUGCAUUUAUUUGAUCAAAAAUUGUGAAAUAUUUUUACCAUUUCAAAUAAUUUUUUUUUAUGUGAAUAUCUGUUAAAGCGUAAUUUAUUUUCUGUGAUGUGCAGCUGUAUUUUCAGCAUCAUUACUCCAGUCUUCAGUGUCACAUGAUCUUCAGAAAUCAUUCUAAUAUGAUGAUUUGCUGCUCAUGAAACAUUUCUGAUUAUUAUCAAUGUUGAAAACAGUUGUGCUGCACAAUAUUAUGUCAUUUUAUUUUUUUAGGAUUCACAGCUGAAUAGAAAGUUGAAAAGAAGAGCGUUUAUUUGAAAUAGAAAUCUUUUGUAACAUUUUAAAUGUCCUUACUGUCACUUUUGAUCACUUUAAUGCAUCCUUCAUGAAUAGAAGUACUGAUUUCCUAAAAAAAUAAAAAAUCUUACUGAAACAAGGGUGUUACGUUUAUGUUUGGAUCACCUGAAAACAAUGUUAAUUCCGGUGUAAAGAAGUCUUCUUUAGCAGGGGCUCCAGUCUUAAAGCUCAAACGAGUGUGUGAUUUAUUACUUUAAUGUAGGAUGACUCCGUUUACUUACAUUUCACAACACUUCAUUGACUUGAGGGGUCUUGGAAAACUGAAAACACGCAAGGGGAGAUAAUUAGCAAGCUUUCUCAAAAAAAAAAAAAAAAAAAGACAAGCUUUAUGAGAAAAUGAUGCACUAUUUUAAAAAGCAAAAAAAAAGUGGAUUUAUUUGUUGGUUUGUGGCUAAGCAAGUAGUAAUUGUUAUGCAUAAAAACUGCAGUACAGUAGCAAGCGAUGAGAUCUGUGUUACACCAGUAACCAGUUCGUUAGUUUUUAUUAAAUUCCUUAAUAUUCCAAGCAGCUUGUCAGAAACAGUGGGCGAACAGGAAGUUGCUCUGGCUGCAGCGGUUUAGUGUGCUUGACUUCCUGAUGCCUUGAUGUCCAUUGUGAACGUGACACGCAUCCGUACUUGAGUCCAGUCCCUUCAGUGUCUGACCAUUUCAACCAGAAGAACAGCACAGAGGCUCUCGAGGGACGUGUUGAAGAGAUCUGCUUCCUUCCUUUAGACGAUGACGCAACACAUUAGUAUGAUGAUGACAAUCUUAUGCUUUUCAUGUGUGAUAUGAAAUUUGGACGGCUCGUGCGCUCCUGCCCCAUCGCUCCAGUCUUCACCAUUGUAAUGUAUAUCGAUCCAGUGACUGUUUUUUUUUUUUUUGGCUUUUCUGCUUUUUUAUGUAUGUAUUGUUAAUGUGAAAGCUUAUUUCAGCCAUGUCAAAAAAUAAAUUUUUCUAAUUUAAAUGUG